CUUCGGGACUGUGGGUUGUCUCAUAAACUUUUCUUCAGUUCAUGCUUCUCUGAGUUUCCGUUUCACAAUGACAACACCGGCGCCUAAUUUGGGCUCAGCACCACCACCGCCAUGGGCAGUGCCGCCUCGUGCAGGUUUCACCAUGGCUCCUCCUGGACCUCCUGGUAUGCACGCCGCACCUUCUCCCUCAGAUUCUUCGUCUACAGUCAUGAGACCUAGUGGUAUGCCACCGGGCCCUGUUCCCCCCAAUUCACAUUUUCACCCCCAAUUAGGUCCCUCCUCCUACCAGUCUCUGCCUCCUAUGGCGGCUCCUCCUCCUCAGGGACUGUGGUUGCAGCCUCCUCAGAUGGGAGGUGCUCCUAGGUUACCACUGAGUAUGCCGUAUCAUGGCGGCCCCUUCCCCAUGAUGGUGCCACAACAUGGUUUGCCCUCUCCUGUUCCAGUACCUGAUUCUCAGCCUCCUGGUGUUUCUCUGUUGGCUUCUGCUUCUUCUCUUCAGGUUUCGCCUUCUUUGGGGAUCAGGACUGACUUACCUUCUUCAGGGGACAGCGCUCAUGUUCGUGAUGGUGGCACCCAAGGUACAGAACACUCGGAUCCUUGGACUGCCCACAAGACUGAAACUGGAGUUGUUUACUACUAUAAUGCUCUGACUGGAGUUUCAACUUAUGAUAAACCACCUGAUUUUAAAGGAGAGGAUGAAAAAGUUUCUGUGCAGCCAGUUCCUGUAUCUAUGGUUAACUUGCCUGGAACCGAUUGGGUAUUAGUCAGCACAAGUGAUGGAAAGAAAUACUAUUACAACAAUAAAACUAAGGUAAGUAGCUGGCAGAUUCCAAACGAGGUAACAGAAUUAAGGAAGAAGCAGGAUGUUGAAAUUCCAAAAGAAAUUUCCUUGUCAGUGCCAAAUACUAGUGUAUUGACAGAAAAAGAAUCUACGCCAGUAAUUUUGAAUGCUCCUGCCAUUAACACAGGUGGUCGUGAUGCAAUGGCUCUUAGACCCUCAAAUGUCCAAGGAUCAUCAUCUGCACUAGACUUGGUUAAAAAGAAGCUGCAAGAAUUUGGAGCUCCUGUUACUUCUUCACCAGGUCCUGUACAGUCUGGAAUGGCAGUAUCAGAACCAAAUGGCUCUAAGGCAGUUGAGGCUACAGCCAAAGGCCAGUUGAGUGAUAACAGCAAAGAUAAACUUAAAGAUGCUAAUGGAGGUGGAAAUGUGACAGACUCUUCUUCUGAUUCAGAGGAUGCAAACAGUGGGCCUACAAAGGAGGAGUGCAUUCUUCAAUUUAAGGAGAUGCUUAAGGAACGAGGAGUGGCACCAUUCUCAAAAUGGGAGAAGGAACUUCCGAAGAUUGUUUUUGAUCCACGAUUUAAGGCUAUUCCAAGCUAUUCCACUAGGAGAUCCUUGUUUGAGCACUUUGUCAAAACACGUGUGGAGGAGGAACGCAAGGAAAAAAGAGCUGCUCAGAAGGCUGCAAUAGAGGCUUUUAAGCAGUUACUGGAUGAAGCUUCGGAGGAUAUUGACCAUAAAACUGAUUAUCAAAUUUUCAGAAAGAAAUGGGGUGAUGACCAACGAUUUUUAGCCUUGGACCGCAAGGAUCGGGAGCACUUAUUGAAUGAAAGGGUCAUUCCUUUGAGGAAGGCUUCUGAAGAAAAAGCCCAAGCAAUUCGUGCUGCUACUGCAAGUAGUUUUAAAUCUUUGCUUCAAGAGAAAGGAGAUAUAACUGUUAAUUCACGCUGGUCAAGGGUGAAAGAUAGUCUGAGGGAUGAUCCAAGAUACAAAUCUGUUAAGCAUGAAGAUAGAGAAGCUUUAUUUAACGAGUAUAUAUCUGAUUUGAGAGCUGUAGAAGAGGAAUCAGAAAGAGAGGCCAAAGCCAAAAGAGAGGAGCAGGAUAAACUAAGGGAAAGGGAGCGGGAAUUGCGUAAGAGGAAAGAGAGAGAGGAACAAGAAAUGGAGAGGGUACGGAUAAAAGUUCGAAGAAAGGAAGCAAUUGUGUCAUAUCAAGCUUUGCUUGUGGAGACAAUAAAAGACCCCCAGGCAUCUUGGACAGAAUCUAAGCUGAAAUUGGAUAAGGAUCCACAAGGUCGCGCAGCCAACCCUGAACUUGAUUCAUCCGAGACUGAAAAACUUUUCCGUGAACACAUAAAGAUGUUGAAUGAGCGAUGUGCGCGAGAGUUUAAAGCUCUGUUGGCAGAAGUGUUGACUGCAGAUGCCGCUGCCCAAGAGACAGAUGACGGGAAAACAGUUCUUAAUUCAUGGUCAACAGCUAAACGUCUUCUGAAGUCUGAUCCCAGGUAUAACAAGAUGCCAAGGAAAGACAGAGAAUCAUUAUGGCGACGAUAUGCUGAUGACAUGCUGCGGAAGCAAAAGUCAGAAAAAAUGGAACUUGAUCCUAAGGAUGACAAGAAAGUAGAUCAUAGAAGUAGAAGCUCUGUUGAUUAUGGGAGGUUGACAUCGGGUUUGCGAGGACCGCAUGGUCGAAGGUAGAUGUUUUGAUUUAGAAACCAACUGGCGUUUGAUUUUUCUUAGUUUUAAUCUUGAUAAUUUUGACAUUGUAAAGGGGAUAACAAAAGCAGAGUUGACUUCUGUAUGAUAUUCAACUGAAUUUACGUUCGUUAAUUACAAGGUAAAACGUGGUCAAGUUUUUCUUCUCUGAUAGCUGUACAUUGUAUCAGAACAAGAUAAAAUCAAUUCCAAAUUUUUCUCUUGCAAUUGGUAAUAUCAAAGCUUGUACUUG